GGAAUUCUGGGAAUGUUUGGAAUUUGUCAAGGGAAAGCCCGCGAUUCCCGAUAGGCUGAAUCGGAUGAAAAAUGUGGACGGGAGAGCACGCCAAAAUCUGGAGAAGAAGUAGAGGAAUAAUAAUACAUCGAUAAAUUUUGGUGAAGAAAACCAUAUGUGUGAGACAGAGACUUGCUACUUGUCACGUGACCGAGUGGAGCAUCAUUUUUUGGGGGGGUCCAUUUUGGAGGAACGCGAGUGAGCGCCAGGAGAUCUACAAGUCCGUGGAAGACACGGUCUUGGAGUACCAGGAGGAAAUAGCCAUUAGGGAGCGAGAGAACGACCAUCUGAGGCGAAGGCUGCGAGAUGCUGGCAUUGAAAUAUGGCCAGGUAUCAGACAAGGGUUGAAAAAAAAAGAAGAUGUGAGCGCGGCUACGGACUACAGUUCGUUGUAAAAAAAUUCAAUAAACUGCCUCCCUGUGUAGAGAAUCAACAGCAAGACAGCAAGAUGGCGCAACCAAAUCUGAUACUGUUACGUGAUUGGCUGUUAGCGUGUCCUUCCCAUUGCUCACUAAUCACUUCCGUUUCGCUCCGUUAACCAGGGAUCAGGCCUCGAGCAGCAGCAUUCUGGAUGUACUGCACCUGGUUUAGCGAGCCCAGUGAGAAGGCCAUUCCAGCAGUCUAACCUGCUGUAGACAAAGACCGUCCAUCAAUGGCGCUGCUCGCAGAGCAGGAUGGCGAGCAUCCCCGGCGUGAGUGGAGUCCCAGCAUGGGGCACGAAGAGCGCAUCCCGAUCCACAUCAAGGACAAGCGAGAUCUGCGGACCAACCAAGUAGACGAGCAGCUCCGCGACCACGGUUCCUGCAGUGCGUCAGAAAACAUGUUCUCCCCCCAGCAUGUCGCUAACGAGUACACGCAGGACGGCCCUCACGCGUCCAACCACCCCCAGAGUCAAGACGCGGAGAACAGGGAGCGGGAUCCGAACUCUCGCGGCCCCGCAAGGCACGUGAAGGCGGAGACUGGAGGGGUUCACAGGGGCCCCACAUCCUCCAAUACCCCCCAGCCCCUUGCGCCAGUCAACCCCAAUUGCUCAAAUGAGAACAUUGACAUCAUCGGGGUGGAGAAUGGCGGGCAGAUGAUCGGCGCUAAGGCCAACGGACCCGUGGCAAACCGAGGACAGGCGUCUCAAAUGCGCAACCAAGCAGACUGCCCCCAUCAGAAAUCCCCCCCGCAAGACCACAUAUCGUCCUUCUGCUGCAAGGUAUGCGGCGAAGCGUUUAGUCACGUGGGACACCUACACGUGCACGUGCAGGUCCACACACGGGCAAAACCUUACCGCUGCGGCGUCUGCGGGAAGUGCUGCAGCUCCUCCGGCCGACUCCAGGAGCACCAGCGGAGCCACACGGGGGAAAAACCCUUCAGGUGCCAGAUCUGUGGGAAAGGCUUCACCCAGAUGGCGCACCUCAAAGUACACAUGAGGAUCCACACGGGGGAGAAGCCAUAUAGCUGCCCGGUGUGCGGCAAGUGCUUCAGCCGCUCCGACAAAAUCAAAAGGCAUCUCCAGACGCACACGCGUGAGGGGUCCUACUUCUCGGGGCAAUGACGCUCCAGUGUGUUGGUGAAUCAUUAUCAUAAGGAAAACUUUCAAACACAACAAAUGCCAUUUUAUACAAGCUUCUUUCUUCUCCCAAAACCUGGAAGUCUGAAACAGUUUUCAAAACAAGCAAUAGAAAUAAUGUAUUCCCGUAAUGUACUAUGUCUCCCACACAUGCCUUGAAACGUGGAAUGACUAUGUGGUUUUGAUCGGCCAUAGAGAAGGUGAACAGUCUUAAGAGAUUAAGGCCUCGUUCACACUGCAGGUCAAUUCCCAUUUGUUUUCCCCCCACAUGCGACCUGUAUCGGAUUUUUCUAUGUCCAUGUGAACAGUGCGAUUCCGAAUGUUCUCAUUUCCGACCCAGGACCCCUUUGUGUGUGGAAAUAAAUCGGAUAUAAGAGCGAUGUGUUGUCAAUGUAGGGUUGUACGGUAUACCGGUAUUAGUAUAGUACCGCGAUUCUAAUGAAUCAUAUUCAGUACUAUACCGCCUCUAAAAAGUACCGGAACCCCGCCCGUGUCAUUGCUGGUUUUACGAGCAGAGAAGCAUGUUCGGCAACGCACAAUCACGGAGUACUUACAAGCAAACACAGUGUGUAGACAGAAAAGGGAGAAUGGACACAUUUGACCUAAAAACUAACAAUAAAGGUGAAGCUAUUACACUGAAACACCCUCAGGAAGAGGUGCUUUAAGACAUGGCUAGUUCGCUAGCGGCUAAAGUCCAUCCGCAGGCUGCAGUGUUCUAACUACUUGUAAAUCACUAAUCCUCGCCUCCAUGGCGACAAAUACAAGUAUCAUCCUUGCAGGACGAAGAAUAGCUAAACAUGCUUCACUACACACCGUAGGAGGAUACAAUAGCUCACCUGCGUCACAAUGUAAACAAACGCCAUGGGUGGAUCUGCACCCUGAAAUCAACUGUAAUCAUACCUAGUAUAGGAGCGUAUCUAGUCGAUACUAAUAUGAUUAUGUCGAUAUUUUUUAGCAUCACAAAUUUUUUUUCGUUUAAAAAAAAAUGCAUAUUAUGUUUAUAAACUCAGGAAAUAUGUCCCUGGACACAUGAGGACUUAAAUUAUGACCAAUGUAUGAUCCUGUAACUACUUGGUAUCGGAUCGAUACCUAAAUUUGUGGUAUCAUCAAAAACUAAUGUAAAGCAUCCAAACAACAGAAGAAUAAGUGAUUAUUACAUUUUAACAGAAGUGUAGAUAGAGCAUGUUAAAAGAGAAAGUAAGCAGAUAUUAAAAGUAAAUGAACAAGUAGAUUAAUAAUUCAUUUUCUACCACUUGUCCUUAAUAAUUUUGACAAAAUAACAGAAUGAGAAAUGACACAAUAUGUUACUGCAUACAUCAGCAGCUAAAUUAAGAGCCUUUGUUUCCUUACUUGCUACUAAAAGACAAGUUCUCUUGUAUGUUUUUUAUUUAGAAAAGUAUCGAAAUACAUUUUGGUACCGGUACCAAAACAUUGGUAUCGGGACAACGUCAAUGUCGCAUUCAUCCAACCAGAUUGUCAUCAAAAAGCUUCAGAAUAGUUCGCCAAAAUAGACGGUUACAAAAUAGUUUAAAACGGGUCAGAAAACAGGGGAAAAUAAAAUGUUUUAGGAACCAAAGUGAAAGUUCCAGCACUCCUGUCUACGACUGCUCGCCCACUUCCCGUAAAACCGGCAAAAUACUUGUCCUCUUCCUUCCUAAUCUUCUACGCACAAUAAUUCGCUUUAGAAAAUGCUGACUUUGAUUGCACAAAAUCCUUGAAAUUGCCACAGAAGUGCCAGUACUGAGACCGACUAGAGGCGAAGCCAUGUUUACUUCCAUAAACACUGCAGUGCGUGCGAUGUCAUGACAUCAUGACGUCACGUCCGCCUGCGGGUCGGGUUAGAAAUCACAUAAAUAGAUCGCAUAUGACAAAAAAUCCGAAUUGGUCAUCAGACCCUGCAGUGUGAACGUAGUCUAAUUGUUAUUUUUCCAACAAUGACGUAAACACGGGGAUAAAAAUCAAGUAACUGUUACAGUGGAGAGUUCUGUCGGGUUGUGACUGUAGUGUCUGAUGGAAUGCACUACUUGGCUGCUGCCAGCAGAGGCACUGUUGAGUCUGUCUCAACCAGUUGCUGUCCAAAGAAGCCAUUGUCAUAUACUGUAUUCCAGGGGUUCUUAACCUUUUUGAUCUCGGGGCCCAACUUUUUCACUAUAGAGGGGCCAGCGCAAUUAUUAACACUGAAUUAGUAAUCUUACUCUUGUUUUUAUCAUAUUCAAUAAUUAUAUCUAACUUACUCAGAGCUAUAAACACCUUAUAGCCUCAAUGCGUACUUUAGGGAAACAUGCUUUCCAUAACCUUCAUAGUUUGUUUUCUUGAUAACUGCACAUCAUCAAAGUUGAAAUUGCACUUUUAACGUGUCCACUUGUGUGCCGCCUAUUGCAGGCGCCGUGCGGAAAAUAUGUCUGCAUAUUUAAAAUUCUGGGCAAUCCAUGCGGUUCGGAUAGUAUGCUUUUUUAGUAGUUACACUCAUUGAACAAUUAAUGGAAGCAACGGAAUAUAAAACUAAAAGUUUUUCUUUCAAAUGAAUGUAUAGCCCUAUUGUCAUAGCAAAGGUCUGCGUGGGAAAUGACAUAGAUGCUGUCUUCUCCAGACCUCAGACUGGUUGAAACCAGCGAGUACGGGGUUGGUGUCCAACAUGGCGCCCAGUAGUCACGUGAGGAGCUUUUGACCAAUCAGAGAGUAUGGGCAGACAAUCUCCUAAAUCAGUGUUUCUUAACCAUAGGCUUCGCUCCCUUGAGAUCCGCCAAAAAUAUGUGUUUCUCAGCUGUGGCCGGUACGGGCCGCAGAAGUACAAAUAAUUGUAAUACACUUUCUCACCACCUGUGGCAGUAAUGACAAUACCAAGCAAACAGAAGAAGUCUGGAGCUAAAGUCAUAAAAAAGUUUCUUAAGCGCAAAAAUUAUGACUCAAAUGGUGAAGCUGUAUUUUCAGAAUCAGAAUCAGAAUCAGCUUUAUUGUCAUUACGCAGGGUAACAAGAUUUCAUUUGCACUUUAAUUGUAUAGACAGUCUGGUUACAAAACAUAACUAUUAUUAAUUUAGUUUAUUUGUUUUAACACAUCAUCAUUGUAUGUAAAUGUAUUUUUCGUCAGUAGUAUUUUUAUAAUCAAUCUGACCUAAGCCUAAGAUUUAUGUGAUUAACACAUGCUUUCAUAUUAUUUGGCAAGGUUGUAAACUUUAAGUAGGUAUAAUUAUUGAUUACAAUUAAAAUCAAGAGUGAAAAUAUUAGAAUGGGCCGUGGGCCCUCUGUGUAGUGGGAAAAAUCGGGCCCCAAGGUCAAAAAGGUUGAGAACCCCCUGUUCUAAAUAACUGGUCAAAAGCCCUUUAUGUGACUAGAGGGCUGCCAAGAGGACACCAGCUCUUAAAACCCAGUAUUAUAAAUGGUCUCUAUACACGGCUCAGGUUGAGACUGAAACAACAGCACCUCCGCUGGUUGCAGCAAGGAACACACUCCAUUUUGCGAGAAAACUCCAAUGAAAAUCUGUUUAAUCUGAUGAAUAAUGAAGAGUAUUAUUAUGACAAACCACUCCACUCUUGUGAAAUAAUGAGGUACUCUGUAAGAUACCACUUAUAGUUAUGUAUUGGUCAUACCUUUAUCUGUCCUUUUUAUUAUGACAUGCACUCUAUAGUAGUACCACUAUUAGGGCCUUUACGUUUACACCCCACACAUUUCAAUACAUGAUUGACACCUGUGUCUCAAAUUAGCUGAUGGUUGCAUUCUUGACAUAGAUGCUCAUGACCUGGGCCUGCAGUUGUAAAUAUACCAAGUCAGUAUUUGACCAUGUAAUCUGUAGAACAUGUCAGUUUGCACUUUAAAAUACAAACAAAACAUGUGAAUCAUGUCUUGGGAGUGUUUUAGCCCAGAUAUUCAUUUUGAUGAAUUUAGUUGGAAACCAUACACUUGGUAAUUGGACUAAUAUUCAAUAAAAUAAGAGUAACCCUACUGUAGUACAACAGUCACAAACAUGUACUACUUUGUAAAUAUGGUCCAGUCAUGCAAGCAGUGUGUUGAACAAUAAAACACGGAUACAGUAUAAUUUGCAACACAAUGUUUUCAGGACAUUAUUUAAUAGUAAUCGAUAUGAGAACGUUUUCUACCAAUAACUAACGUUUUGUGUCACAUAAUGAUUUCAAGAUUUUCCACAUCCUUAGUCUGACUUCUUCACUGCACUUUUGUUUCUUGAUUGUGCACAAGUGUGUGAUCAUUGCAUAUUAAAUGCAAUAUUUAAUAAAGUAGUUAGUGAGUAGUCAUUACGUUACAAAAUGUACCGAUGGUAGUUAACUGCAUGUGCAUUGUUGCACCUUAACACGUGACAACAUCUCACUCAUGUUUCCAAACUUAUGAAUUUGUAUCUGCAAUAACAAGUACUCACCACCAGGUAGAGUACUUUUCAUCAGUCAAACUGAGCAUUUUUAUUACUUUUUUGUUUGCCCGUUGACUUGAAACAAUACAUAUUCAUGAAUUUAUAAGUGAAAUCUGUUCAAAAUAAUUAUAUUUGAUCAUUUUAUUGUAGCCCUUAAUCCAGGGGUUCUUAACCUUUUUGACCAUGGACCAAACUUUUCUACAGAGGGCAAAUAUUUCCACUGAAUCAGUCAUUUUACCUUAAAUUUUAAUGGUCUUCAAAAAUGAUAUCUAACCUACUUAAUGUUUACAACAUUGUCAAAUUAAAUGAAAUCAUGUGUUAAUCACAACGAUUAGUAUUUGUUUAACACAGGUCAGGCUGAUCAGAAAAAUAAGUACUGACCAAAUAUACUGCAAGGGACUCAUGAAUAACUGACAAAAUAAUGAAUAUGUUUCCUAACUAAACUGUCAAUAAAAUUCAUGUGCAAAUACAAAAUGCAGCUUCACCACUGUAGUCUUAAUUUUUGCCCUUAGGAACAUUUCUAUGACUUUAGCUCCAGACUUCUUCUGUUUGUUUGAGAUUGUCAUUACCGCCACAAGUGGUGUAAAAGUGUAUUACAACUGAGUACCACAGCUGUGUGGGUACGGUAAGUAUUCAGACCCCUUUAAAUUGUUCACUCUUUGUUUAAUUGCAGCCAUUUGCUAAAAUCUAAAAAGUUCAUUUUAUUUCUCAUUAUUGUACACUCAACACUCCAUCUUGACAAACAGAAAUGGAAACAUUUUUGCGAAUGUAUUAAAAAUAAAACAAAUCACAUGUACAUAAGUAUUGACAGCCUUUGCUCAAUUC